GUCUCCACUCAGUUAGGUGACUCUUCCAUUGGCCACCCCCAUCCCAACUGUCCGGGAUUUAGUUUUUUCCAACUCUGGUCAUUGCUGCGCAAAGAAUUCAAAAAUCACAGCCUCUUGACUUCUCACAGUCUCAGAGACCAUGUUGGUCCAAACAUGUCAUGAAGUACGAAGACCUUCAGUACUCGGAGAGUGAGAAAAAAAGCCAGGGGUUUACAGAAGUGCUGUUUUCUUCCCAGACCUUCCUGAAGCGGCUCCUCUCCAGCCCUUGCCUCCUCCUGCUCUCCCUGGGCCUCAGCCUCUUGCUGGCCAGCGUAUGUGUGAUGGGAUACCAAAAUUUCAAGUUUCAGAGUGACCUGCAGACCCUGAGAACAGGUUUCAGUAACUUCACUUCAAACACUGCGGCCGAGGUCCAGGCACUGAACUCCCAGGGUGGCAACUUGCAAGAAAUGAUAACAUCACUGAAAGCUGAGGUGGAAAGUCACAAGCAAGAACUGCAAGCUGCCCGUAGCUUGAAUGACAAGGUGCUUUCUCUGGAGAACAGGCUGGAGAAGCAACUGGAAGAACUCAAAGCAGGUCAGGCCCCUACUGCCUUCUACCUGGGCAUGAGGCAUGGACUCGUGGAGCAGAAGCUACACCCAGAGCACUGUACCCACUGCCCAUCUGUGUGCAUCCCAAGUGAUUCUGAAAUGCUCCUUCGAGUCCAGCAGCUGGCCAAGACCCUGAACUCCCUGACCUGCAAGAUGGAUGCUCUCAAGAGCAAUUGUAAGAGUUUCUCUCAAAACACAGCCUGCUGUCCCGCCAACUGGCUGGAGCAUGAAGGCCGCUGCUACUGGUUUUCUUCCUUGGGGAAGCCCUGGCCAGAAGCUGAGAAAGACUGCCAACUGAAGAAUGCCCACCUGGUAGUCAUCAACUCCAGAGAGGAGCAGGAUUUUAUCCAGGCCAACCUACGUCCUUACUUCACCUGUAUGGGCCUCAGUGAUCCAGAUGGAGUCUGGAAAUGGGUGGAUGGGUCGGACUAUGAGACCGACAUCAAGAAUUGGAAGCCAGGCCAGCCGGAUGACGUUCAUAGGCAUGAGCUGGGUGGGGGUGAGGACAGUGCCCAUUUCUACCCCGAUGGUAAGUGGAAUGACGGUGCCUGCCAAAGACUCUACCACUGGAUCUGCGAGGCUGGACUGAGCAAAGGCAACUAA